UAAGACUUUACUUAAAAUAUUUUUUGAACUUUUAGAUCUUCAGAACAACCAAAAUGUAAGUCGACUGUUAAUUUAUUCAAAGUAAGUGAGAAAGACAUGAAAUAUUUUCCGCUGAAGACUAGCGAAAGUGUGUACUAAUUAAUAGUGCAAAGUAUUGAUCAAUUGUUUCACCAUGGUUCUAAAUAUAAAAUUUCGUGGAGGAAGACAAAGUUCGCGCGCAAUACGGGCGCGGGCAGGUAGAGCGGUGGAGCGGUGGAGCGGUGGAGCGGUAGAGCGGUACAGCGGGCGGGCACGCGGCACGUAUCGAUUCCGCGCCGCCUUCAGUCGGCGUCCGUCGAGCGCCGCGCUGCGCCGAGUCGCCGGCGAGCGGGCGUCGCCCCUCCCGCGGGCCCGCGCCCUCCCCCUCACUGAAUCUCUCGUGACUCGACGCCGGCAAACUCGAACGACCUCUUUUCGCAAGCUAACGUCGCUAACGUCCAUUUCCCGCCGCGAAACUGCGUUCGAUCUUCGCGUGACUAUCCAACUUCAAUAAUUUCUUGUUGUUUUUUUGUUUAUUAAAAGUAGUUCUAAUGUAGACAGUAUUUUUUGCAAUGCGCUCGCUAGGCUAGUGACCGGUAGAGUGCGAUGCGUGUGAGUGCGCGCGGGUGCGGGCGAGCAUGGCCGGGCGCGCUGCCGGCGGCGUAGGCGCGCGCUGCGAUGGACUGCUGCAACUACGGCGAGUUCCGCGGGCCGUACGCGGCGGGCGCGGGCGCCUGGGACUACGGCUACGCGCCUCUGUCGUACGCCCCCUACGCGUACUACUCGCCGCACGCGCACGACCCCUACAUGCGCUACUACCGCUACGACUACCCGCACCACGUGCAUCACAAUGAUCAUGCUAUGCCUAUGGACUAUGGCGCGUACGCACUGAAAGAAGCGCGCACGCGACGAGCUUCGGCACGCAGGGAGUUACGAGCGCAGCCUCCCGCACAUCUGCCCCUGCCGCACACGCCACCCUUAGAAUGUGGAAUGAAUGGACGCGGGUCAGCCUACUGCGAACCGCAGAUGUGGCCAUCUUAUCAGAUGGGGAUGAUAGGAAAUGGAGGCUGGGGCGGAGCGAGCAGCAUGGGCGGCUCGUGGGCAUCUCGUACUAUGUGCUCCCGGGAGCCGAUGCGGUACCCUUCUGACUGCCGACUAAUGAAAACUUCAAAUCUACAUCCUUCGAAUUUUGUAAGUGGUCAGGAUGGAAGAUCUACACCUUAUCCGACGUACGAGGAUUCGCAUUACAACGGGGAUGGCGGCGCGAAGCAGAAUAUGCAGGAGUUCUCUGGGCGAAUGACUACGCCACCAGAGUCGGUGCGAGCUGCCCGCGAGCAGCGGCAGUCUCCGCCCGAAGAGAAACGGCCGCCGGUAGUGCCUCUGCCAGCCUUCCAGCAAGCCUUCGGCUCCACCGAGAUCGGCAAGUUUGCCGAAGCAUUCAGCCGCGCCGAGGUCGCGCACGAGGCGGAGGACACCUCUGACAACUUCAUGUUUGAGUCGUUCCCGGAAUGGGACGGUCCACCCGAACUGCAAUGGACCUCGCAGCCCGCGUCCCGGGAAAUAAAAUGUGAAGACAACUUUUGAGGACGUCUUCACCCUAGUGCUAAUUCCGGGCGGUUACGCCUUAUAGGUAAUUAGAUAAUUUUUAGUUCCACCACCACGUUGCCAAAAUGAAGUAGCUGGAUGUCGGAGUUAUACCGACGUCAUAGAACUAGGAUGUGAUACCAAAUUUUUUAAUGUGUACGAAGUCAAAUGAAAUAGUGGGGUGACUUUUAAUUCAUAUACAUAAUAUGAUAUAAUAUUAUACUAUAGAAAAAAAUAGUUAUUCCCUUUAACUAGUUUUAGAGAGACCCUAAGUGAUAAGAGGAUUAACCGUUAGAGUGGGAUGUGGGAACGUAGGUAGGUAUGGCGAAUAUAUGAAAAAUGAAUCAAGAUUCAAUGUGCCUUUAAUGGAAGAGCCCGGCCGCAUCGCGCGGCGUCCUUCGCCCCGACCCAGUCGCUACGGAUGUCGAUAUCAUAAUUACAAUAGCAAAUUUAGGGACCAACGUUUAGACAAAUAUACACGACCCUGUCGCGUACACGACCUAUGCGCAAUAAGCUCAACGAAAUGAAAGGUUCAGUCAGGGAGUUUAACGAAAUUUAUAGGAACCCUAGUUGAAAAAUUAUGACUACUGAAUGCAGAUGAACAGUCUGUCUUAAAUAUUAAUCGCAAAAAUUAUUAUUAAUGUUUGAUAAAAUCGUAAGUGUAACUGAUUCGCGAGUUUAAGGCGGAAAUAAUAUAAAGGUAAAAUUUACCAAUACCUGAUUAUAAUAAAAUUAGACUAUUGGCUAUGAUAAUUAAGAGUAAAGUAUUAGUAUCUAAUGCAUCGUUUAUCCGACAGAGUUUAGAAUUAACUGAAAUUUUACUUUGUGAUAAAUCUGUUAAGCCUAUAUUGUUUGACAGACAAGCUUGCUGCUUAAUACCUAUAAAACGCAAAAUGUUACUAGUACCAUGAACACAUGCGCUAUUUUUAGUCCAGUCAAACAAGGACUUUGCAUAAAUUCUGUAGAAGCUGAAAAUUUAUAUGAACAUUAAAGACACUAAAUUGUUAAACGAUCUCCAUCGAUCCCUGUAUGUAUAAGAUUUAUACAAGUACAAAUUUUGCGGAAAUAAUUGUUUUUCAUCGAGUUGUUUUGUUUUAUAAAAAAAAAUUUUGUAAUUAAUUUUUUCACAAUUCUGAUAAGUGUGUGCAAAAUUCUUUGUAAUAUUUACGCAACUUGAAAAGUAUAUAACAUUCUUGGCCCAUAACGUAUAUUUCACAUUUUUAAGAAUCAUUUUUCUUUUUCAAGUUUCUUACUUUUCGGGCUAACUUGAUCGGACUAUAAUCGGUAUUAUUUAUUUAUUUAUUAACACAAAAUAUACGUCCGGCUAUGUUACAUCUUUGUAGCGAGUAAAGUAGAAUGGAAUGGAAUAGAAUGGAUUAAUUUUAAAAGGAUGCAUGUUUUAAUUACCGAAGAAAAUCUUUAAAAAGAACUUAAUUUCAAUUUAUUCAGAUUAUCACAAAGUAAAUGAAAUUAUUUAUAUUAGGUAUAUCCUUAUUAUAAAAUUAAGUAUGAUUCGCAUUAAAAUAUCCCUUCAAUGACUUCAAACUAUACCUAACUAGCCUUUAUAGACUUUAGUGGGGCACCAGACGCCGCGCGGAAUCAUAAGUAUUUAAAAUAAUCUUUGAAAAUUAUUAAUAAAUAAAUAAAUAAUGAAAUCAUGUAAGUAUAUUUAGGUAGUUAAAUUUUUAAAGAGAUUACUUAUGAAUAAGACAGCUUUUUGAGAAAAUUGCUAGGGUCCAAUGAAUUCGAAAUAAAUACCUAUUGUGGUUUUACAAAGCAAAGUAACAAUUUCUGACUUCUUGACAUUUCAGUGCAUUUAACGGGUCGGUUUAGGGCUACUUACGAGGACUCUUGAUUUAUCAAAAUUGGACCUAUAAUUAAUUUGGAAGCGAGCUUUGAUUAAAGUAUAGAUAGCAGAAUGCAAAGUCCAUUUAUUUAAUUGAUUGUUUCUUUUUUAUCUGUGAUAAAUAAUGUUUAAUUGUUUUAAUUUUUGUUUAUUGAAAGUUUUGAAAGAAGUUGUUUAAGAUUUUAUUUAAGUAUGUAGCCAACUAAUUUAUUUAUUUAAAUUUGUCAGAAGCAUACGAGCUACGCAAGUUCUUUUAAAGUAAAAUACGUGUCGAGUAAAAUACUUUACAUAAUCUAAUAAAAAUAACAUUGCUAUCGGGAUAGCAGUGUUAUAUUUUUUUACUGAAUGAUGAAGAACUGAUUUUAUAUUAAACAUUUGUUUACAAAUUCUAUUAUUUAAUCUCACUGUGCAGUUAAAGUGUCCACAAAUCAGAUACGAAAGUUCACACAGCAAUUAUUGCAAAAUGGUAAAAAUUAUUGCAAUGGUUGCAAAAAUGAAAAUAUGAUGAAAAACUAUGUAGUGACUGAUUAUUUGAAUGGUGCUGAUCUUGUUUCAAAUCGAUGGAUGUAAAAAGAUGUUGGUCAAUGUACAGUGAGAUUUAUUAGUGUUUGUUCCGAUUACAGCUUCAAGGUUAAUUGCUGCUAUCUGCUCGUGCUCGUAUGCUUGUAAACGUAUCACACCAGUCGGUAUCCCAGAUUCAAAUAAUUAGGUAUUAAUUAAAACUUAAACUUCCAUUGGUCUUCGUUAUUGUGAAAAGAAUCUAUGUGUGUCUGUAUCUGAACCUCUUUCGACAAAUCAGCAAAAUUAAUGGAGUGCCUUAUGUAAUUAUUAUGAUAUGAAAUUAGGUGGAUGAAUUUUAUUCUAGUCUAAUUUGAAACACCAUAUAGUUAAUAGUAUAAUGAAACCUCUUUUAAACCGAGAUUCAUUAAUGAGUAGAUGUGAUAAUAAACUUAUUUAAAGUUAUUUAACGAUAUACAUGUAAUAGCGUGCGUAAUAUAUUUAAAAUAUUAUAAAAAUCUUAGUCAACGUGUGCGCUAACUUUAAAUACAAUAGAUAUAUACAAAAUAAUUUGUUAUAUAUAAUGAGUUUUAUUUGUGUGAAUAGGUAUAUUAUAGGAGUUAUGAGAUAGAUCUUCAAUAUAUGUUGUAUUUUUUGGAAUUAUCGAUUCAAUCGCUAUUUUAGUGUUAUGUGGAUGACAUCUAAAUGUUUAUUUUGCGUAUCCGUAAAGUAGACUCCGCGCCACGAAAUAAGUCCUAAGGCUAAAAACUGAACUAAAAUUUACAGCGCCUUACACAAAUGACAAUAAGACCGCCAUUACCAAAUAACAAUGAGCGCGAUUAAGACAUUAGUGCCACGUCUGCAGGACUUGUUUCGUGGCGCAAAGUUUAAUAAGAUUUUGGGCAAAUAAUUUGAACAGCAAGACUCUGCAGCUACAAUGGAUUAUUACAAUGUAGCAGCAAGUUAAGUAAUUCGAGAUUCUGUUCAAAUAAUAGUAUUACAUCCGAAUUAAAAACUACCUCCACCCAUUUGUUUAAUGAAGUGAUUUAAAUCAGAUGGGUGAAGGUUCGUUUCUAAGUCGGAUCUUCUACAGAAAUUAUUUGGCUAAAGUAUUUAUCAAGAUUAUAGUCCAUUUGUAGUUCAAUUAGUAUUCACCACAAAAGUUUUAUCAAUAUAACAGCAGUAUGUACUGAGAUUUGGUAAUUUUGCUUUAUCAUUUCAUAAUCAUCUUUAAUUCUGAACUUCAUUUAUAAAUUAAAAUAAUCGGUGUCUUACAUAAACUUAUAAACUUACUCUUAGAUUAAGUUGAACGGAAUAUUUGAAGUACUUAAGUCUAAAAGUAGGAUGUAGUUAAUUUUUUUUUAAGAAUUUUAAGAUCGAUUUAUUGUGGUGACUAUAUUUGGCUACACAAUACUAUAUUCAUAGAAUUGUUUGAUUAAGAAAGUUACUCAGAUUAAGCUUGUUUUUAUUAUUCUGUGUAACUUUCAAUCAUUUAUAUAAUAUGUAUUUAAUUUAAAACUAUUCUUCACACGUUACUGAGUAUUUUACAACCCAAUUAAACUAAAAAAUAAUUUAGUUUAGUUUAAAAAAAUAUCGACAAUUAGAUGUGUAUUUUAUAUAUGAUACAAUGUUCUCUUUUGUCCAUUCGGAUACGCCAAAAGUCCGUGUUAGGAGUGGGUACAACAACAAUAAGAAGGGAUGGGGUUCGAAUCCUAGACUUCUCAGACUUGAGUCCGAUCGCUCAACUGUCGAGCUCUUGAAGCAUUUAUGAAUAACACCUAUACUACUGGUCUUUAUGUUUAAUUUUGUCACUUAUCUACAACAUUGAAAAAAUAUAUUUCAUUUUUCUUUUUUGCUUAAAACAUAUUCUAUCGCUCAGUCAGUUUGAAGGAAAACCUAAUGAUAUCAAAGAUUUUAUACUAUUAGAUUAAUAUAUAAUCAAACCCGACUAAAACUUACGUGAUACAAAGAUGAAAGCUCGACUAGUUAUAAACCUAUACGGGCCCAUAGUCAUGAACUGGUUGUUGCAACUCGCGAAGUUGUUGAAACAGCGAAGCCGCUCUCAGCGCGCGUUGAGAGAGGGAUUGAGGGAUGUGGGGUGAAGGUUCCGUUACAUUCUCGGUUGUCUGAAUUUCAUUUUGAUUGGACUCGUCUUCUUGUGAAAAAAACGAACUAUCACUAUCUUGCUCCAAGUUUGUUAUUUGCGACAUCGAAUGAAAUACCGCUAUUUCCACGCUGCCGGCAGCACCCAUUUAUGGUCGCUAUUAAAAUUCGGGUGACGACUAAAUUCCAUUGUUUCACGAGGUACUAGAAACUUUUCCCUUGACAAUACGGAAGCCUUACUGAAACGAAAAUUGCAUAUAAAGACAUACACAACAUAUUUUUUUUCGUUCAUAUUUAGUUAACGGUAAGUUUUUUAAAGUAUUUGACAAAGUAUUCGUUUUUUUUCAAGUAAGCUUAGUUUACAUGAACUUUUCAGUGACUACCACCGGAUUGGAAGGCAGACUCUUCAGAAGAGCGUGCAAGAUUUUUUAGUUAAUGUAUUUUUUGAAUCAAUGAUCAAUAGUAAUAAAUUAUAAUUUACAAUAUAAAAUAUGAAAACAUCAUGCGAUUACAUUUAAAAUUUUAUGUGCUCUCAAUGUCGGACUCUAUUGGUAUUUUGAAAAUUUACUUUUGAAAAAUGCAAAUAGAUGCAAAUUUAUGAUAAUCAUAAAACGAGCUGUAAUAAUUAAUUUAUGAGUACGAUACUUCCAAAUAUUUUCCCUUAUUGGUUUCAGUAAAAACUGCAAAACAUUAACAAUUCGUUUUUCCAAAAGUCAAAAAAACAUUUCAGUUUAAUUUUUAAUUUGUUCCUUGUCUUAUAAUCUUUUUUGUCUUUUACCUACCAAAAAGUUUACCUACCAAAAAUUUGUAAUUAUAUUUUUCUAUUUUUUUGAUGAAUUUUUUGGUGUUUUUUUAAAAUGAUUCCAUUGUAUUAUUUCAAUAAUUUUUAAAAAUUUAAUCAACAUUGAAAUUUCAGAUGAGGCAGAUUCUUAAUAGAUAUAAUUUUAAAUAAAAUUAUUUUAAAACGUAGUCUGUGCCACAUACUGUAAUGUAUAUAUACUAUAUACAUCUACUUAGUUAGAUUUAUUGUUAUUUAUUUAAGUUAGGAAUUUAUAAUUUAUACUAUAGAGAGCUGUACAGAACGUAAUUUAUAAAGUGUUUCACAUUAUAUAGAGCUUCCCGUUUGACUUUCCUACAAUUUUGUCUACCAUCAGAGUUAGUAUCACUAAAUAUUCCAAAUAUAUUAUAUAGUUUUCAUAUGAAUUCGAACAUUUAGGAAUAGGAAUGACACUUUAGUUAUAGUAUCUGUUUGUGAUCGUCGAAUGUAUUUGUGACAGUCGAAAUAAGUAACUAUUUAUAAAAAAAGACAUUCUAAUAACAGUACAAAGCAAAAUGAGGUAUAUUCGUUUCUUUAUUAUUGCUUGGUAUUUAAUAAAAUUAAUAUUGUCCCAAAAAUUUAACUAAGGGAAGUACGGGAAUUAUACGAAUAAUUAAUAGAAAAUCAAGACGCAACUUUGUACCCAUAUGAAGCAUUACUGUGGAUAUUCGUGUAUUAACACUAAUUACAGUAUUAUAAGUUAUAUUUUUAACUUAUGUUUAUUAUUAAUACGAUAUAAAUAACAUUAUUAUUUAUUUAUGUAAGUAUGGAUUCAAUAAAUUCGAUUAGGUAAUUAGAUUCACAAAAUUUUUACAUUUAACAAUAAUUACGAAGUAGGAAUCAUUUGUAGAUUAAGUAUACGGAACUGUUAUGAUUUCAAAUAGAUACUGAAGUUACAGAUUAUAUUUACUUGGAUGCUUUGCCGUUUACUUUUUUAAACGUUGUAUUCGAAGGUUUUGUAUGGUAUAUAUAAUGUUAUAAGUAAUUAUGAAUCAAGCCAGUAGAUUUACGGAAGAUUAACUUAGAAGAGAAUGUUUACUACCCUCUCUCUAGUUGAUAUCAUUAUUGUAAAUAUUUAAUUAUGUUUCAAAUGUUCGUUCAUAUCAAUUUAGAGAAACUGUUUUAAUAGAAAAUUGUAAGAUUUUAAUUCCCAAUUCACCGAUACAUUUGAUUUACGGAUGUCGAUGUACAAUUAAAUAAACUCAUUUUAAUGAA